UGAAGAUUUAUGCGCGCUGGAGACGACAGCUGCGUUUUGUUGCCAGCGCAAAUGCUUUGCGUCUGUAGUUUGUGGGUCGUUAGCUCUGUUUUUGGAUAUUAGUCACUAAAAUAUGAUUCCUUCAAAUUGGGAUGAGUUGAGAAUCCAAGCUCGGAUAUUAGAGAGUGAAAUCGACUCUAAACUAGCUACUUUUGGCAAGAUUGGUGCUCGACCAGUGGAGCAUAAACAUUCUCCACGCUUCAGUGCUUCUGGUAUAUCUGUCAAGAGUGAUGCAACUCCAACAAUCCCAUGCCAUGAAGAUUUUGACUCAAGUUUCAAUGUCAUGUGCAGUGAAAUUGAAGAGCAACUACAAAGACUCACUCAAAUCAAUGAACGGAUGGCUACUUUUGUUCCUGAAACCGAAACCACACCUACCUCUUUGGAUAAUACCACACGAAAUCCUCUUAAUCCAACUACAAUGAUGGCGGCCGGUAGGCUUAGUCAGCUGCAUACAGCUAAGCGACAUCGUGAAAUUCUUCGGGAUUAUGCUCAAGAAUUUCGUCAAACGAAAGCCAAACUUAUUGCUGCACGUGAACGGGAAACUCUUUUAGGAUCAGUCUACAGAGAUACAAAUUCUACAACUGUAAAUCUUAGUGCUAAUUUUACCUCAAGACCUCAGUCUGAAGUAGAUUCCUCUGGUGGUAAUCAACGUACUGGUGUACAGUCAAAUAUCUCUAGUUCAACUCGUUUACUCUUAGAUGAGCAAGAAAAAUACCAUCGAUCCAAUCGCCUAUUGGAUGAACAUCUAGCCGCAGCAUCAACAAUACGUGCAGCAUUGCGUGCUCAGCGUUUUGCAUUGCGUACUGCUUCCACUGGCUUAUCAAAUUUAAGUUCCCGCUUUCCGCAAGUAAAGAAAUUAAUCAGCAAAAUCGACUGGCGUCAUAAACAAGAUUCAAUUGUAUUGGGAUUAGUAAUUGGUUGUUGUGUUGUGUUUCUUUUGAUUUAUCGAUUUAGUUGAGUUUCAUAUGCAUAUAUACAUAUUACUUAUUUUUUUUAGGAAGUAGUACUCUGUUGCUUUGGUUAAUGUCUUGCUAAUUGCAAAAGGGAAAUGACGUGUGUGUGUGUACAUGUAUUUGUUGAUGCUGAGAUAGCAGAAAAGAAAGCAUAAGAGAAAAAAGUACUUAGUCCAAUCACACCACUUACACAUGGGUUCUCCAAAGUCCCUGUAGGA